AACAAAACCACGAAGAAGAGGCAACAGGGAAACAUGGCGUCAAGGUUACUGCUCCGCACCGCGUUCAGAUCCGCGUCGAGCUGCCGGGCUGCCCGGGCCCCGGCUCUGAGGCGCUGCAUGUCUGCUGGAGGCAUUCCCACUGAUGAGGAGCAGGCCACGGGACUGGAGAAGGCCAUCAUGAAGGCCAUGAAGGAGGGAACAGAUCCUUACAGCAUGUUGAAGCCAAAGAGCUAUGCUGGCUCCAAGUCGGACCCUCACCUGGUUCCCUCCAUCACUAACAAGAGGAUUGUGGGCUGCAUCUGUGAGGAAGACAACACCUCCAUUAUCUGGUUCUGGCUUCAUGAGGGCGAGCCCCAGCGCUGCCCCUCCUGUGGUGCCCAUUACAAACUGGUGCCCCAUCAUCUCCCCCACUAGCCUCCGGCCCUGUAACCUGUACAGAUUCUCCUCUGUACCCUUUUUUAGCUUUUUUUGUUGUUGUUGAAAUAUUCAGUCCUCCAUCAGAACAAGAAGAGUGAGAUUAUCCACGCCCUGCAGGGUGUUUCCAGCUUGGCGUACUUCCUGGUCCACUCGUCUUGUUCUGCUAUUCUACUUGAUCUACCUGCUGACCUCAUCAGUCUUUGCUUUACAUGUUACAUUUCCACACAGAUAUAAUAUGUUUGGAAGACUCAGGCAGUUUACUCUGGAUUAUGUACUGUACGCUAUCAAAAUGGGUCCACUUUAAUGUUACUCAACCAAUAAACAUUAAGAACUCCUA